ACGCUGUUGCAUCUUUAGUCACCCUCCGACAGCAGCACGUCGCGGCGCGAAUCUCGAAAUCCCGUUGGAGAAAAAAAAUCCCCGUUUUCCCACUGAAAAAAGACGCAGAGUGGCAUUUUCAGGCUGAAGACUUCAGCGAUGGUCGAGGCACAGAGUGGUGCUGCUGAUGGACUUUCAGUGAUAAAAAAGAACGUGAUGUGGUGAUAAAGGCGGAAAAGUGCAAGUAAAAUGCACUAUUAUGCCGGAACUGGUUAUGCCCAUUGCCGGUCUGGAUCCGACUCCGGGCUCCAUCGCAGGAAUUUCCGGAGGGAGCAGGAGCCCUUCGACAGCGGCGAGUCCACGCUUUCGGAACUCGAUGAGUCGGAGUCAGGGUCAGGAUCGGGGAUUGAAGUCGACCCCAAUCUUCCGUACCCUGGAAUAGCGCCGAUUGCUCUAAGAUAUCUGUCACAGACCACGAGGCCCAGGAGUUGGUGUCUGGCACUCAUCUCCAACCCAUGGUUCGAGAGGGUCUCCAUGAUGGUGAUACUGCUCAACUGCGUCACCUUGGGCAUGUACCAACCCUGCAUGGACGACAAGUGCGAAACCAAUAGGUGCAAGAUACUACAGCUUUUCGACGACUUUAUUUUCGCGUUUUUUUCGUUGGAGAUGACCAUCAAGAUGAUCGCGAUGGGUGUGUUCGGUCGUGGCACUUAUCUGGCGGAUUCGUGGAAUCGUCUCGAUUUGUUCAUCGUGUUAACAGGAGCUAUGGAGUACAUCCUUAACGUGGACAACUUGAACCUUUCCGCUGUGAGGACGAUAAGAGUGCUGCGACCCUUGCGAGCAAUCAACAGAAUACCAAGCAUGCGUAUCCUGGUGAUGCUCCUCCUGGACACGCUGCCCAUGCUGGGCAACGUCCUCCUCUUGUGCUUCUUUGUUUUCUUCAUUUUUGGCAUCGUCGGAGUGCAGCUGUGGCAAGGAAUCCUCCGACAGCGCUGCUACAUGAGUCAGAGUUUGAACCGAACUUAUAAUAACACAUUGCCAGAAGUCUCGGAAGAAUACAUAGUGCGCGUGCCUGUUACCGACAUAUCCCGUUUUUACAAACUUCAGCAGGACCAGGAAUACAUUUGCAGCAGACCGGAGCAAUCUGGGAUGCACAUUUGUGGCGCUUUGCCCGAAUAUGUUAACAACUCGCUUACGUGUAACUUAACCAUCGAUCAGAAAUUCUACGAUCCAAAGUACGUCAACAACGACUCGCAAUGCAUUAAUUGGAACCUUUAUUACACCGAGUGUCAGGAGCGCGGGCCGAACCCCUUUCAAGGGACCAUCUCCUUUGAUAACAUAGGCCUGGCUUGGGUGUCAAUAUUUUUGGUGAUAUCCCUGGAAGGCUGGACGGACAUCAUGUACUACGUCCAGGACGCUCACAGCUUCUGGGACUGGAUUUACUUCGUUCUAUUAAUUGUGAUCGGCUCCUUUUUCAUGAUAAACCUCUGCUUGGUCGUAAUCGCGACGCAAUUCUCCGAGACGAAAAAGCGCGAAAUGGAGCGAAUGCGUCUGGAGCGAGCCCGUUUCCAAAGCAGCAGCACUUUGGCGUCGUCCACCAACAACAGUGAGCCCACUAGCUGUUAUGCCGAAAUCGUGAAAUACAUUGCCCAUUUGUGGAGACGCAGCAAAAGACGCCUUUUGAAGAAGAUAAGACUGUUCCGAGUGAGGCGAGAACAACGCCGUGAACGCAAAAUGAUCUCCGGAGAGACCAUAAGACUUAAUUACGCGAAAAGACACCAUCCUAAUUGUCCUCGGCUGAGGCAGAACCUGCCCCAAAGUGGCGGGAGCACGAGAGCGGUCUCGAGGAGGAGUUCAGUGAGUGAGGAAGGGGACGUGGCCAAAAGGCCCAAUUUGCUCAAAGUGCCGUCGGCUUCCAAUCAGGAGAUCGCGACUAAUAAUAAUGAUAGCCCGACAAACUUGUUAUCACCACCUUGCGCCCCCAACAACCGGCGGAGAUCCUCCGUGAUGUUUAGCGACGUGGUCGUGUUACACGGCGACGAAUCCUCGCCCAGUUCCUCCUCCAACAUUGACAAAAAGAACGAAAAAAAUAUAUGCUCAAGUGAAAAAACAACACAAGCCGGCGAUGGUAACAUUUGGCAAAUCUCCUCAGUCCCCAACCAGCAACAAAUCCUCCAAACCCAACAACAGAUCGCCCAAGACUGUUGCGAACUAAUGAACGGAGAGGCAAUGACGUGCCAGGAACUCUUAGCCCUAGGGGCCAUAAAUGCCGCUUUGCCCACCGGCCAGAUAGUCCUCGACACGUUUUUUAGUUCGCUAACGAAGGGCAUUGGGCACAGAAACCGCAACACCGAGGAGUUCUACAUGCAGCAGCUGCCUGAUGAUGAUUUCAGUUGUUGCCAAGACUUGUGGCAUUGCGAAUCGGAGUAUAAGAACGAGAAGCGGUCGAGACUUUACAUUGUGUGCUGUAUGGUCUUGAAGGGGGUUAUCAAGGGGGUGAAAUAUAUCAGGCGGAAGAUCAAGCUUCUCGUGGAGCAUCGGUACUUCCAACAGGGUAUUUUACUGGCGAUUUUGAUCAACACUUUGUCGAUGGGCAUCGAAUAUCACAAUCAGCCGGACUACUUGACCCAUCUAGUCGAGACGAGUAAUGUGAUUUUUUCGGCGAUUUUCGCCGUGGAAAUGCUGCUUAAAAUCAUAGCUGAUGGUCUCUUUGGGUACAUUUCGAACGGGUUUAACGUUUUCGACGGGAUUAUCGUAGUUUUGAGUGGCAUUGAGCUGUUUCAAAAAUUUCUUGGUCAGUCUCACACCGACUCAGGUCUGUCCGUUUUGCGGACGUUUCGCUUAUUGAGGAUAUUAAAACUGGUCAGGUUCAUGCCAAAUUUGCGCCGACAGUUAUUUGUAAUGUUGCGAACGAUGGACAAUGUCGCUGUGUUCUUCUCACUUCUUAUCCUUUUUAUUUUUAUCUUCAGCAUUCUGGGGAUGUACCUUUUUGGCGGUAAGUUUUGCAACUAUAGAGCCGAAGAUGGGAGCAUUAAAGAGUGCACUUGCCACAUGAUCGUCACGAACGACGAGCGAUGCGAGUGCGAUCGCAAGCACUUCAACAAUUUUCUCUGGGCCACGGUCACAGUUUUUCAAAUUUUAACGCAAGAAGACUGGAACGUUGUCUUGUCUAAUGGAAUGGCCAAAACCUCACACUGGGCCGCACUUUACUUCGUCGCUUUGAUGACUUUCGGAAAUUACGUUUUGUUUAAUUUAUUGGUCGCGAUUUUGGUGGAGGGUUUCAGUGCCGAGAGAAACGAACGGAGGGAACGAGAACAAAGAGAAAUGGCCCGAAGAAAAAUGUCCUGUAUGCUGGAAUCCAGCUUUCGGGAGAGUUCCGAAGAGACAAGCAGAUCAGUCUCCAGCUCUAGCGGAAGCUACAUUCAGGUAAAUCCCCCAGUUGUUAUAAAAUCGCAAGUGUUGUUCCAGGAUGCGAAAAAUUGUUGGCGCUCGGCUGAAGAAUUACGAAAAGUGAAGGAUUUCAACGAGCAGAGGUCGUCCAUCGGACUGAUCAACUGCAACUGUCGGGAGAAACUAAUCGAGAAAGACUGCGGGUACAUUGACAUGGAACCCAAAUGCAACAUCCAGAAGGAAUCAAUGCUGAAGCAGCCCUCAAGACAGACGUCCCCGCCCAUCAUCACGCACACGGCGGCCACCCCUCAGGACUCCCCCAGCACCACUUUGGACGACUUCCCCGAGUUUCGCUACAACGUGACGACGGUGACCGCCGACUGUCCUUCAGGGAGCGACAGCAGUCCUGGGGGCGUUUCGACCGAAUCCACACAAAAGACAUCAAGUUUGAGUUUACUGAAACCGCCGUCGUUGUCGCCGCCCCCGCUCACCUUCCGGCAGUUCGAGCGGCCGCUGGAGGACGACCAGCCGCCGCCACCGAGCGGGAAAAUCGUGAUACAUAACGAGAAAAUCGGCUCGAAGAUUAUGGCGUUUUCCGAGAAGGUUCCACUGCCAAAGGAACCCAAAAUACAGAGGAAAUGUUCGUGGAAAUUGACCAAUCGGCCCAGUUUGAGGCGCAAGAAGAACAGGAGUGGCUCGGAUUCGGAAGAUGUGCCUUUGAAUAACGGGAGGGAUCACUCGCAGUGCAAUGGGGGCGGUGUUAGCAGACAAGCCAGUUUGCGCAACGACUCGCUUUUGCAAUCAUCCAUUCGCAUCCAAAACGACACCCAACGAGACGCUCCCAACAACCGGAGUCCGCAAAAUUCCAUUAGAUGUAGAUCAAACACUUACAGCUCAGCCUCACAAGCCACCACCGCACCCACCUUAACACGUCACAAUUCCCUAGUCACAUCGACCAUAACCCAGUCGAAAAUUAACACACAGAUCAACAAAUGUACCAGUCCGACUCUGUCGAGAAAAUCCAGCCAGAACGAACCCAAAUCAGUCAACAGUCUCAACGACAAAACCUUGCCUGAACGCACCCUCCCUAAGAUCAAGAUGGAAGACUGCAUUCCCACUGAAGAGCCCGAAAGGACCAGCGGGAUCAAGAAACUGAUCAGGAUUUGCGAACCCACGGGGUGUCUCAAGGAGCGCGAAGACUUCUCCUUGUACAUUUUCCCGCACGAGAACAGGUUCCGCCAAUGGUGCUACUGGUUCGUGAACCAAAAAUGGUUCGACAACGCAAUUCUACUCUUCAUUGCCAUGAACUGCAUAACCCUGGCCAUGGAACGCCCCAACAUUCCGCCCGACAGCAACGAGCGUUUUUUUCUCUCAACGUGCAACUACAUCUUCACCGUGGUUUUCACAAUCGAAAUGUUCGUCAAAGUCGUGGCCUCAGGCAUGUGCUACGGCCCCAACGCCUACUUCACCUCCGGCUGGAACAUCAUGGACGGUUCCCUGGUCAUAAUCUCCAUAGUGGACCUCCUCAUGUCCCUAAUCCGCUCAAACAGCCCCCGCAUUUUCGGUAUUUUGCGCGUGUUCCGCCUUUUGCGCUCGCUGCGCCCUUUGAGGGUCAUAAACAGGGCCCCAGGACUCAAACUCGUGGUGCAAACGUUGCUCUCGUCGCUCAGACCCAUCGGGAAUAUCGUGCUGAUUUGUUGCACUUUCUUCAUAAUUUUCGGGAUUCUGGGCGUGCAGUUGUUCAAAGGGUCGUUCUACCAUUGCAUUGGGGAGAAUUUGACUGGGAUUGUGACUCGGAAUGAUUGUGACAGUCGGAGGUACCAAUGGGAGAACCAGAAGUACAAUUUCGAUGAUUUGGGGCAAGCGCUGAUGUCGCUGUUUGUGCUGAGUUCGCGGGAUGGGUGGGUUAAUAUCAUGUACAAUGGGCUGGAUGCUGUGGGGCUUGACCAGCAACCCAUUGUGAAUUACUCCGAGUGGAGGUUGUUGUACUUCAUCUCGUUUAUUCUCCUAGUUGGGUUUUUUGUGCUCAAUAUGUUUGUGGGGGUGGUUGUGGAGAAUUUUCACCGGUGUCGCGAGGAGCAGGAGAAGGAGGAGCGGGUGAGAAGGGCGGCCAAAAGGGCACUACAGCUGGAAAAGAGGAGGCGUAAAAUGAACGAACCUCCCUACUACAUAAAUUACGCCCCUUGGAGGCUUUUUAUACACAACGUGGUGACUUCAAAAUACUUUGAUUUGGCAAUUGCUGCAGUCAUUGGGCUAAAUGUCGUAACAAUGGCCACCGAAAGCUACAAAAUGCCCAACAUCCUCAGCUAUGUGUUGAAAAUCUUCAAUUAUUUCUUCACAGCGGUGUUUAUCCUCGAAAGCACCAUGAAGAUUAUAGCUUUGGGCUUUGUCCUCUAUAUUAAGGACAAAUGGAACAUUUUGGACGUGGUCAUUGUUAUUCUAUCAGUGGUUGGGAUCGUGUUAGAAGAGUUGAAAUCGAACAUAAUCCCGAUCAAUCCCACUGUUUUGCGAGUGAUGCGAGUGAUGCGAAUCGCUCGCGUUUUGAAGCUGCUCAAGAUGGCUAAGGGCAUUAGGGCGCUUUUGGACACCGUCAUGCAAGCGCUUCCCCAAGUGGGCAAUUUAGGUCUCCUAUUUUUUCUGCUUUUUUUCAUUUUUGCCGCACUUGGGGUCGAGCUGUUCGGACGGUUGGACUGCAAGAAGAACAACUGUCAAGGUCUUGGAGAACACGCCCAUUUCGAAAACUUCGGCAUGGCCUUCCUGACCCUGUUCCGUGUCGCCACUGGUGAUAACUGGAACGGCAUAAUGAAGGACACCCUCAGUGACGAAAAAUGCGACAAAUCGGCCGAAUGCGUGACCAAUUGUUGCGUUUCCAAAAUAAUUGCUCCAAUUUUCUUCGUAAUUUUCGUACUAAUGGCCCAGUUCGUACUAGUGAACGUCGUGGUUGCGGUCUUGAUGAAACAUCUGGAGGAGAGCCACAAGCACCUGGAGGACGAGCAGGACUUGGACAACCAGAUCGAGCGCGAGUUCCAGGAGAAACAGGAGAUGGAGGAGAAGCGGGAGUUGUGUUUGGCCCUCCAAAUGGACCAGGAGUGCCAACGGCAGCACAAACCGCUCACGAAAGUGCUCUCACUGCCAUCGAACUUCACGUACAAUCCUCCAGGGAGUAAAGCAACGCUAGAGCGGAAACCGUCGUUUACCCAGACCAGGAGGCAAACCCUGCACAGCCACCAGCCCAUCACGCUGCUCAAUAUGGACGACAUCCGGAACAUUGACGAGUCGCUUUCGGACAUUUACAGCAUCCAGGAGGUGGAGAAGAACCACCACGGCAGACAAGCGAAUUUCGACGAGAUUAUUUCGCUGAAUCAGAGCGAGUUGUUGCGGGUUCCCAAGACGGAAGAACGGUUCCCGUUGAAGAGAAUCAACGAAACGAACGAAAACAAUCGAUUGGUACUUCCGGUCGACCCCAAACCCAAGUUCUACGGAAGUACCAAGCACCUUUUCACGAAACAAUUAUCGAUGGAGAUAACUGAAGAAACCCCCUUUCUGCAAGUGCCAAGCCAAGUCGAAGCGAACAAACCCGAAGACAAGGAAUUGAAGCUACCGAAGCACGACAGCCAGGAAAGCGUCCAGAGAAUCAUCACCGAGCGCCGAAAGCUGGACGAGAAUCUGAAAGAGUUCAACGAGUACGACAUUUUCGAUGUGACUCACAGUAGUGAAGAGAACCUAGUGGACGAACAACGAGAAAAAACUGAGAAUCAGUGUUAGUUUUUUGAUAAUUCGUGUGAUUCUUCCCUAGUUACCUAUUUUUAUAUCUGUAAAUAGCGCAUGUGUAAAAAGUCGGUUUUCUAGCCUAUGGUUUUAUUUUUACAUAUCUGUAGUCAAUGUUUUAGAGUUUUGUACACUUGUUGAAACGUCGUGUUAGGAAUUUAAAAAUAAUCAAACUAAAAAUGUCACAAAUUCGGCAGAAAGUCUCAUUUCUAGCGACUCCAAUAUCAGACAUACAAUAUACAGGGUCUUUGCAAGAUACUUAGUGGUGCUUACGAAUCAUUAGGAUUAGUUCUCGGGUGGUUCAUUUCGUUGACACCCUGUAUUAUUUCAACGCCACCCGAUUUGUGUUAGUUAAAGCGGGCGGCCAUCUUGCCGUCGACUCAAAAUGGCCGCUGGCACUAAUCGAGCAACUAAACGACUAGAGUAAAACAGUAAACUAUUAGAUAGAUUAAAAGUAGAGUAAAUUACUCUCUAUUAAAUCGGGCAUGUAAUUAGUUUCGAUGUUAAAUACAUACUCACAAACAGCACUGAAACUUCCGGUGAGUGGUGAUUAUUGUAACAAAGCCAUAGAAAAAUCAAAAUCUGAUGCUUAAACUAGUCAAUUGCGUGUCAUAGUUUCUAUGGGCAAUAAUUUGUGGGAAACAACUCUAAAUCGACAAUCUCAACUUCGCCUUCCAGGAGCUUCUGAUAAAAAAACUCAACUUAAAACAAUGUAAUUAAAAGGAAAAACAUAGUUCGUGUGAUGUUAUUUUUUUGUUACGCGUUUUUUUAUCGAGCCAAGCGUUGGUGUCGGUUUUUCUAGUUACAAGUUUGGGGCAGUCUGUGAUAUUUUUGGUCCCCCUUUUAGAUUAGAAUUUUAAAAGUCUGGAAAAUUCGCUCAAACUCCACAAGCUUCAACGAAUUUUCCCUCUCGUAGGUGCUUUCCUUAGAUCAUUUCUCUAUCCGUGCCUUUCUGUCUAUAGCAGAACUGUUCUUUGUUUCUUUAACCGAAACUCAUGUAAAUUAUUGUAUUUAGUAACUUUAAACUGAAAAUAAAACAUUAAAACGA